CGCGGUGGGACCCGCCGUGGGCGCGGCUGGCUCUGCCCACUCCUGCCCCUCUCUUCCACACCCUGCGCCCGCCGCCAUGAAGGACUCGCUGGUGCUGCUGAGCCGCGUCCCGGCGCACCCGGAUUCCCGCUGCUGGUUCCUGGCCUGGAACCCCGCGGGAACCCUGCUGGCCUCGUGCGGCGGCGACCGUAGAGUGCGCAUCUGGGGCACCGAGGGUGACAGCUGGAUCUGCAAGUCUGUCCUUUCUGAAGGCCACCAGCGCACUGUGCGGAAGGUGGCCUGGUCUCCCUGUGGAAAUUACCUGGCCUCCGCCAGCUUUGAUGCUACAACUUGCAUUUGGAAGAAGAACCAGGAUGAUUUCGAGUGUGUAACCACUCUUGAGGGCCAUGAAAAUGAGGUCAAGUCAGUGGCUUGGGCCCCAUCAGGCAACCUCCUGGCCACCUGCAGCCGAGAUAAGAGCGUGUGGGUCUGGGAAGUUGAUGAAGAGGAUGAGUAUGAAUGUGUCAGUGUCCUCAACUCCCAUACACAGGAUGUCAAGCAUGUGGUUUGGCACCCGAACCAGGAGCUGUUGGCCUCUGCCAGCUACGAUGACACAGUGAAGCUCUAUCGAGAGGAGGAGGAUGACUGGGUGUGCUGUGCCACGCUUGAGGGCCAUGAAUCCACUGUGUGGAGCCUGGCCUUUGACCCCAGUGGCCAGCGCCUGGCGUCUUGCAGUGAUGACCGUACAGUGCGUAUCUGGCGCCAGUAUCUACCAGGAAACGAACAAGGGGUGGCGUGCAGCGGCUCUGACCCCAGCUGGAAAUGUAUCUGCACUUUGUCGGGCUUCCACUCCAGGACCAUUUAUGACGUCGCUUGGUGUCAGCUCACGGGGGCUCUGGCUACGGCCUGUGGAGAUGAUGCCAUCCGAGUGUUUGAGGAGGACCCUGGCUCAGAUCCGCAGCAGCCCACCUUCUCCCUGACAGCCCACGUGCAGCAGGCUCAUUCCCAGGAUGUCAACUGUGUGGCCUGGAACCCCAAGGAGCGGGGGCUCCUGGCCUCCUGCAGUGAUGAUGGGGAGGUGGCCUUCUGGAAGUAUCAUCGGCCUGAAGGUCUCUGAGCUACCUCAACUUUGUCAGUCAUGGUUCCCCAGAAGAUGUCUAAGACGUUCAGCUCCUGAAAGGGCCUGAAGGAAAUCCUUGGCCGUCCUUUAACUUGCCUCACUUUACUCAGAAGAGCAGAGCCACAGAACCACUCACUGUGCACCGGGACCUCAGUCAGGAGCUACAGAGGACCAGUGCAGUGGUGGUGCACCCGUUUGCUUGCUUUGGGACACAGUGCCAUAGAGUGCGUGUAUCUGUAGGAGGGGCGUGUCAGCCCUCGCUGAAAUUGUAAACUUUAUAGACAUAAUUGUCUCAAGUUCUAUUUUAUAACGAUAUUCACAAUUUAAAAUAACUCUGGUGAAUCCUUGUCUGAAGUAUCUUCCCAACUUCUAGGUAAAUUCUUGCAUUUAAGGCAUUCAAUCAAUAUUCAGGGAAACUUUUUUCCCUUAAUGUAGCUUCAUUUAAAGGAUGCCUUUGCUUUCCCUUAGAAGCCCUCAUACACCUCUUGCACCUUUAUGCUGUGCUAGCAACUGGAGACAAAAAAUAAACAGAUAAAGAUGUGAACCCUAAAA